AUGAGCUCAUUUAGAAAAGAUUACGACGUUGAACAUUACAGGGAUAAGGUGAAGGAGGAAGAACAGCGAGCACGCGCUUUUGCAAAGGAGAACGAGCAGCGUAUUUCUAAUGGUCAGAAGCCUCUCUCUAGAACAGCGUUUGAGCAGCGAAAAGGUCCAAAGCCAACGCACAAACUCCAGCAACGCGAUAAAGAUUUGGCACUCGAUAAAAACACUAAUAGAACCGUCGUUGUGGCUCAAGGUACCCGUCAGAAUCAGCCAGGUUUCUUUUGUGAGGUUUGCUCAAGGACUUAUAAGGAUAGUGCUUCUUACCUCGAUCACAUAAACUCAAGAGCUCAUCUACGUAAGCUUGGUCAGACAGUUGAUACAGAGAGAAGUACUAUUCAUCACGUUAGAGCGAGAAUUGCUUUGUUAAAAGAACAAACCAAAGAAGCGUCGCAGAAGAAGGAUUAUGACUUUAGAAAACGUGUUGGUGAGAUUAGACAGGGUGAGAUUGAUAGCAAGAUGGAGAAACGUGCGAGUAGAAAGGCCAAGAAGAGUAAAAAUCAAAAUACCAUUGAUAAUGAUCAACAAGACGACCAAGGUAACGAUGAGAUGGCGAGAAUAAUGGGAUUUACUGGUUUUGGUGGUUAG